GCCAGCGUCGCCAUGCUGAGAGCGCUGCUGCUCGCCGUCCUCCUGUGGGGCGGCCCUCCCGGUCGCCGCCAGGGAAGCUACUCCGCCUCCGCCGCCAAGUGGAUCAACUCCUUCGCGGGACCCUUCAUCCCCGUGGUGGGGCAGUUCACGGACUGCCUCGACAAGAAGUCCGAGGACCUGGUCAAGCUGAACGUGAAGGUGUCCCAGCACCGCAACCGCCAGAUCGACUCGCAGACCCAGCUGCAGAAGAUAACCGGCAACGUCACCGUGGCCGUACCCAUAGGCAACAAAGGCUGGAUGUACAUGAAGGGGGCGUCGAGGAGCAACAACCAGUGGAAGGAGAACGCACACGUCCUCAAGUUCAGCAACGGCAUCUGCAGGGCCAUGGCGGAGAACCUGCCCGACUUCCUGCGGCAGAUCUACAAGAUCGACCCGGACAAAGCCCGCCACUCGGCGUGCGUCAUCCCUCCGGGAGUCUACCUGGCGGACGAGACCCCCGUCAACUUCACCGUCCCCAGGCUGCCCGUCUUCCAGUACGGCACAUGGCGCACGGAGAUCGGCUUCGUGCUCGGCACCGAGGCCAAGCCCAGGAACAUCAUGUGCUUCAUGACCGACAUCUACACCGUGCCCAAGCUGUAGCUCCCACCGCGUGCCACCGCGCCGCGCGCGUCCGCAGCGUACGUCGCCUUGUUCUCGCCAACGCUGUCAACUCGGAACGAGCCACACGCGUGUUCUGUUGGAAAAAUUGUUGUGACUUUACGACUGUUUUGAACUGUGCGAACUGCCCGAUUUCUCAAGGAGGGGAACCAGGAACCAAUUUUUCGAAAGCCAUCCUCACCCCUCUUUUUCUGAUAGGCAGAGGGGAAGGGAGGGGGAAGGGACCAUCCGAAAAUGCGUUCCUGGCUAGGUCCUUCCGAGAUAACAAGUGCUGAUAGUGCGGUGCGCCUCGGCUAAUCCACGUGCGACUGUUGUCAAGUCCUCCAGACGGCUUGCGCUCGUUUGGGUCAAAAUGUCUCAACAGUUCUUAAAAAAAAACAG